GACUACCUCUUCAAGCUUCUUCUCAUCGGCGACUCCGGCGUCGGCAAGUCCUGUCUGCUCCUGCGUUUCGCCGACGAUACCUACACCGAGUCUUACAUUUCUACCAUUGGCGUUGACUUUGUAAGGGCCUUUGCUUCACUCGCGCUCUGAUAUGAGGCUGACACGCUUUUCUGCAGAAAAUCAGAACCAUUGAACUCGAAGGCAAGACUGUCAAACUGCAAAUUGUACUCGACCUAUGCAUCAAGACAAUUGGCUAAUACGGACCAUCACCUCGUCAUACUACCGUGGAGCGCACGGCAUCAUCGUCGUCUAUGAUGUGACAGACCAGGAUACAUUCAGCAAUGUCAAGCAAUGGCUCCAAGAAAUCGACCGUUACGCCACUGAAGGCGUCAACAAGCUGCUGGUGGGCAACAAGUCUGACAUGACGGAUAAGAAAGUGGUGGAGUACACAGUUGCCAAGGAGUUUGCUGAUGGUCUCGCCAUCCCGUUCCUGGAGACUUCCGCCAAGUCGGCAACGAAUGUCGAGCAGGCGUUCUUGACAAUGGCUCGGCAGAUCAAGGAACGUAUGGGCGCUGCGAAUGUCAAUACGGGUGGUAAGGCGACUGUGAAGAUUGCAGCGGGUCAGAAUGUUGGGACUGGGUCAAGCAGCUCGUGCUGUUAGGCUGCACCCGCAUGUCUCUUUUGUCUCUCUCCAAUUGUCCGCGUAUCCCCGUCUUCUGUGAUAGAUCUGGUCUGCCAUAGCUUUUUCCGUUAGGUCUUGAUACCUGCUUUCAUGCUCAUUUGCUAGUCAGACUCUUCUAUCACCAUGAUUUGCUAGUUAGACUCUUC